CGGGCACUCUGAAAGGCUGGGCUGGGCUGAGGCCCCGCCCCUUGCGCGCCCGGCCAGGAAGUGAGAAUGGCGGCGGCGGCGGCAGCAGCGGCUGCGGAUGAAGCAGAGAAGGCGCGGGGCCGGCGGGCCGCGCUGUCCUUCGCGGCCAUCGCCGUGGUGCUGGGGCUGCCGCUGUGGUGGAAGACGACGGAGACGUACCGCGCCGCGCUGCCCUACGCCGACAUCGCCGCGCUGGGCGAGCUGUCGUUCCAGCUGGCCGUGCCCGUCGCCGUGGUCUUCGCGCCCGGGUCGCAGCCCAGAGACCUGCCGAGGCUGCUGCCCUUCAGGGACACAGAGGAGAAGGAGACACUCUUGAACUCGCGAACCAGCAUCGCGUCCCGCUAUGAGAUGGUCUGUCGGAGCACCACAGCCCAGGAGGAGGCCGCCCUGGGUGCGGCUACUGUGCAAGAGGCUGAUGCUGCUCUGCACCAGCUGCAGGAUGCCUCACUGGGCUCUCUGAGUUUAUAUGUGAUUCCUGAAACCUCCUUGCUUCUCCCUCAGGGCAUCGGUGUGUACGUGGGGAAGCACCGCAGCGCCCUGGUGAGGGCCGGGCAGGGCCUGGCUGCCCUGCGCGCCCGCCUGCAGCAGGUCAUGCAGAUCAUGUCCUUCACAACCAGCUCCAUCACCGCUGCCCUCUCGGACCGCAUGCCCGCCAGCCAGCUCGGCCCUGAUGCCCGUCGGCACUUCAAGUCCAGCCUGGGGUACGAGAUCACCUUCAGCCUGUUGAACCCCGACCCCAAGUCCCAUGCUGUGCACUGGGACAUAGAGGGUGCUGUGAGCCGCUACGUGCAGCCCUUCCUGGACAAACUGAGCUUCCUGGCCAACUUCUCUGUUGACUCUCAGAUCCUGUACUACGCUGUCCUCGGGGUGACACCGCGCUUUGACAAGGAGUCCUCCAGCUUCCUCCUGAGCGCACACAGUCUCCCGCACGUCAUCAACCCCGUGGAGGCCAGGCUGGGCUCCAGCGCUGCCUCGCUCUACCCCGUGCUGAACUUCCUGCUGUACGUGCCGGAGCGCUCCCACUCCCCUCUCUACAUCCAGGACAAGGACGGAGCCCUGGUGGGCACCAACGCCUUCCACAGCCCCCGCUGGGGCGGCAUCAUGGUGUACAACGUGGAAGGCCCUGCUGCUCCCCAGGCCUCGCUCCCACUGCGCGUGGACGUGGACAUGGUGCGAGUGAUGGAGGUUUUCCUGGCCCAGCUCCGGUUACUGUUUGGGGUAUCGCGAGAGGUGCAGCCCCCAGAGGUCCUGCUGGAGAGCCCAGGGAAUGAGGGACUGGCUGACUGGGAGCUGGACCGCCUGCUCUGGGCCCGCACUGUGGAGAACGUUGCCACGGUGUCCACCACCUUGACCUCGCUGGCCCAGCUGCUGGACAAAAUUGGGAAUAUUGUCAUCAAAGAUGAUGUUGCCUCUGAGGUGUACCGAGCGGUGGCCGCAGUGCAAAGCGCCAUGGCAGAGCUGGCUGUGGGCCACCUCCACUCCGCCUUCCAGGCCAGCAAGGAGGCUGUCACCUCCUCAGAGCGGGCCUUCUUUGACCCGUCCCUCCUCCAUCUCCUCUAUUUCCCUGAUGACCAGAAAUUUGCCAUCUACAUCCCGCUCUUCCUGCCCAUGGCCGUGCCCAUCCUCCUCUCCCUGGCCAAGAUCUUCCGGGAGGCCAAGCAGCGCAAGAAGGAGCCCACCAAGACAGACUGAGCCCAUCCCCACAGUGCCCUGCUUUGGGGCUGGGCCUGUCCCAGCCCCAUGGAGCAUGUUGUCAUGGACCCACGGUGCAGGCGUGUGGGGCAGACCUGCGUCAGAGCCAGGCGCUGGCACAGCUGGGCUCUGCUGUGGCUGAGAUGCGGGAGGAGAGGCUGCUCUGAGGGGUGGCAGGUGCUCUUGGGGUCCUGCACCCUCCAACAGGACAUGCUGCUUGUGCCCCAGGAGGGGAGGGGGCUCCCUGCAUGUGCCCCCAGCCCUGUGCUGCCUUCGCAGCAAGCUGCUGCCCAAUAAAGAACGACCCUGGUUGGGCCAGGCCUGG